GGUCGAGGUUGGAAGGAACGCAACAAAAGCGAACACUGAACAGAGGAAGGAUUGUCGCUCCCCAACCCAAGAGGUUGCGUUGCGCAAGUGGAAUCGAGCUUUGCUGCUCUUUGGUCUCAGUAGGUAGCCGGUCAGGUGACACCCGAUGCACACCCCAUGGGCACUCCCCCUAUCUCCUCCCCCCACGCACACCAUAAUCCCGUGUCCCACGAGAAUAUCAUGUGCAUGCAUGCAUGGACGCACGCACACGUCUCCUGGGUACGAAGCUUAACCACGAGCUCUACCAGUCGCAGAUACCAGUCGUAGAUACCAUCUUAGUUACCCUCUUGAUGCCUCAACCCCCAAUAAAACAAGUCAUAUCCUCCACGGGCGUGGGGUGCCGACCGACUAGCCAGAUGACGACCGUCCAGGGGGCGAUUACGAAGAGCAGUCAGUCCCUUGGCUGUGGUGAGCAUGGGAUGGAGGUUAGGGCGAGCAUAGUUCGCGGGCCGGUCCUCCUCAGUAGCAUCGUGGUUGGAUUUCAGAGUUCGGGGCGCAACAAGCGGGUUGCCAAAUGCCUAUCAAUUCCCAGGCAGGCAUGGGAAGAGAAAAGCAAUAUGUCAAUGCCACAUUGCCAGUGUCCCGGAAAACCCCCCCUGCGCUCUGAUGCUGAUCUGGGUUCCCAAGGAUCUCACAAUUUGCACGGGCGACCUCACACCCUUGUUCUGUCAUUUAUGAGACUGGCCGGAAGCUUCCCCGCGGCCUGCUCUCCCUCGCUUGAGGUGUGGGGGGUCUCCUGGUUUGGGGAAGUUUGGUCACGCUGCUGGAAGUGGAAAAUUAGGAAUGGCAAAGGUGGGGGUGCCAGUUGGUGACACACGGGGAACAAGAGACAAAAAGCAAAAGAUACUUUUGGACCGGUAAUUAAUACUCCAUCUGUUU